GUUCACGUUCUCCUCCAGGAACGCCUGAAAGUCACGGAGCCAUGAUCGGUUUGCCGCUUGGAUAUGUUGACCGUUGCUAUUCUAUCAUGCAGGUAGACCCUUCUAGGUAGGAAAUGUAACUCUGGACAGUUCGUGUGUGAUGCGGUGGUCAAUUGGUCCGAUCUGGAGAAAAUACACCUAUAUACAACAUUUCGAGGAAGUUGAUGGACGAAGGUCUGCACGCAAGAAGCCGAAUUUCUGUCUGCGGCAGCAAGACUGGCCGGAACGUGUAUCUCACGUGUCAGCUGAGGUAUUUCACAAAGGCAAAAACUGGCGUCAUGUGAAGGUCAACGACAGAAUCGAUCAGGUGGCUUGUACACGCGGUCGCAGGCUGUCAUCUGAAGAUCGCCCUGGAUCCAGAGCAGAACGACAGUGUACGGGCACAGAGAAACCCGAUUUGUGUAUUGAUUUUUCUGAUGAAUUGUGGGGAUUCCACGAUUGAGUGAAGCGGAGGCAGAAACGAGGGUAACCGUACUUUACGUGGAAGCUGACGUGGAUUCUGUGCGUAGGAUGCCACUGCCAAGGGCUGUCUGUGUCAGUAACUGGGGAGAAGCUGUCAACAGCGAAUCACUUUUUUUCAACUGCAUUUGUGUUAUCAAAUAUUAGCGUUUUUUUCUGUACCAUCCACAAAUUUUCCUUAGCAAGUCUGUAAAACCAGAACAACUUUCGGAGUAUAAAUACCGUGUCCUUUGCAUGCCGUUCAAAGAUGUCGCAGAUUCUGUCGCUCUCGAAACCCUCUAGACCGGGAUUGGCCUCCACGAAAGAAGUCGCAAGUAGCUUCCCCGUCUCCAGUAAAUUGGUUUCUUCUCCUAUGCAUAGUUUUUUUCACCGUUUUCCUUGUUCUCGGGGUGGGGACGAUUCACCAGGUUCGACGCGAUGCUCUCGCAAUCUGAUCCCUCAUCAAAAUAAACCCGUCACUCUCAUGGACAACCUGCCACAAGUCGCGCAGGAUGAAAGAGGUUCAGACAAAAGUCAACACGAUCCUGCCGGGCCUUUGACGUGUCGUCUGUCCAAUAGCACAUGGGCCAGUGAACUCGAUUACUUUCAAGAUCCAGUAGCAGCUCGUGGAACCCUUGCGGGGGCGCCAGGUGCGUUUCCGCCCCUCGUUUCAUCGGAGAUGGCAGCUCAACUUUCUGUGGGAGGCUUCGACCUCUGCGGUAAUCCACUGGCGGGCUUGACACUAUGGAGCACAGAUGGAAUGCCGAAUGUUGGUUUGGGAAUGACGAACGUUCAGGGAUUUCUUCAGCCAGAUGCUUCUACACACGCUGACGUCCACGGUAGGGAACUUCCUCGCAACUUCCCAUUCUUCUUCUUGCCCGAAACGAUUGAAGAACAACUGAUGCAGGGUUCUCGUGUUUCACCAGAGCCUCCCCCGGACGUUUGCAGACCAAAACAAACAGAACUCAUCAUCCGCAGUCCCGGUGACCACACCGAGAACGAAACACGGUGGACCAGUAGCUGCGCCAUGUCCCUUCGUUCAUCUCGCAAGCGGGGACGAGACCGUGAAACCUUUGAUUCGUUUGACAUGGCCGUCGGACCUGACACGCGCUUUGACCAUUCUCAGCCUGCAACUUCCGCAAAGGCAGCAGAUGCUCAGCAUGUGAAUCGUCCCUAUCCUGUCAUGGCGUUUGACCCAUCGAUGGGUUCCGACUGUCGAUCGCAGGAUCAGACGGGUCUCCAGCAUCGGUAUCUCUGCGAUCAGCUGGGUACCGGAAGCAUGUGUGAGAGUCAACAGGCGCUUGUCUGUCUCAAUCGAUCCCAGCUCGCGGAUAUAAAGUACGAAACAGUCAACCUCGGCGAAUACGACAUGUGUGAAGUCAGCGUAAGCUGGCAUCUGCCGCGGUUGCCCGCCUCUCCCGAUUGGCCAGCUGAUGCUGUUCCAGUGAGGCGAGUCUUCGGCAUCAAUGCGGGCAUGACGCUGUUCAACCUCCAUCGGAUCAUCUGCAUUUCCAUGGGUCUUUCCGAUGACGCACAAGCGUCGGCGUUCAACCACGUGUGGGUUCUUCCAAGCAACAACACAUAUGGAGGUGGACCUCUAACGAAAACACGCGCCAGCGGAGCCUCUCGUAUCAAAGUCACAACGGAUCGCGGUGUUGAGUUCCGGCACAGUAUCACCGUAUCGCUCAAUAGUCGCUCUCAGGUCGUCGCCACACCAGAAUCCGUACUGCUUUAUGUCCUUGGAUGUGUCCAGCUGCACGUACAGCUCGUGGGAGUAAUGAGAAACCGGACAAAGCAGAACUCCUUGAUAUGGGUACCCCGUUGCAUUGCCAAUGGAACAUACGGUACCGCACCUCCACCAGGAACAGACUGGAAUAGCUCUGCAGAAAUCUGCAGUCACAUUCCUUCGUUCCACGUCGAUGUCCACCGCAUCAACACGCAGUUCAUUGACACUCGAUUCUCUAAGAAUACAUCUUUUUCGCGGAGGACGAAAAUGAUUCGCGCCGAGGGAAUUGACGAGGACAUUCUGCGGUGUUACAGCGAAUCAAUCCAGGAGUUUUGGCAAGAUCCAGAUCGGGUGAGGGACUUGUCUAUCCGAGUGACUCGUCAGUCAACGGGGGGUACGAAACGGAGAUGUCUCGAGGGCCGCAAAGCGCAACGAGCUCUUGAACACGAGUCCCGCGACGAAACUUCACACGCACAGGAACAUGGAACUCGCUGUGAAGACCUAGUGCCCGUGAGAGACGACCACAAACCUGCGCCUGUUUCCGGUCAACACCAUCUGGCGUCCCUUUCGUGGCACGAAUCGCCACUCUCGCUGCAGACCUUCAUUUCGAUUCCUCACUUGGACACACCGUAUGAAAGUGAUCUUCACGGAGAUGCAACAGGCGUUCUCAGACUCCCAACUUGCCCAAGCCCUGAUGUUUCUUGGCCUUUCUCGUUCAGCUUUGGCAACGACACCAACUGUUUCUCCCCGUCUGCAUUAGUCUCGUCGCCCCGUGCGAUAGACAUACGGCAGAGUGGGUCAAAUGAUGCAGACGUGUCGCACGCUGUCGAUGGCACGAAAAGUUCCCAUUCCAGCAACACAGGAGUAACUGCUAUCAUCCAGACACCGAACCACUUUGCCUAUGCAGGAGUAGGUUCGACUCACGGUGUCCGUCGAAGCAAACAGAUCAAAGAAAAAGGAACCCAGCAGCAGGAGGGCGUUUCCAAUAGAUCGCCGCUGAACAAAUCUGCGCAUCCCGUCGCGAAUGUGAAUGAGCCGCCUCUUCCUCUUCCCGCUUCUGCGGACUCGGCCAAGUUACUGUGUGCCUCGCCUUCUAAAACCGGUUCAGAUCUGACAAGGCCCUCGGGUUCCGGUAUCUCUGUAGAAGGCUCCUGUUGCUCGACGAAUCCAGGUGACGAUAUCGCUGAUAUUCGACUGCUAGCCGGCUUCAUCGAUGAUGCGGCGACUCGAAGUCUCCUAGUCUCUUCACCAGAAGCGAUUGACUCUGGGAAUUUUACCGCCCGUCCUGAUGAUCAAGGACAAGGCUUUGACUGGCCAACAUCUCAACAGCUUUGGAGGAGCGUAGAGUUUGUCUUGACAGAAGACGGCGGGUUAACUAUGGAUCCGAGGGACGCUGCCCAGACUGCAUGCUGAACAGAGUGUCCCCUCUCACAUUUUCUCCUGCGAACAACGGUUCGAAAACGUGUCACUACUUGUUUCGCUCUUGGCUUGCGCCAAAAAAGAGAGAAUAACCUCAAGAGGUGCUUUUUGUUCGUUCUAUGCCACACUCAUUCAGAGUUCGGCCGUCCACAGUUGGGCUUUUUCUGUCACUUGUGCGUAUAAACCACAGUGGUGUGCUUUGUCGGUGACCAGCUCAGGCACCCCGUCAAGUGUCAUUUUCUCGGCUUUCGUGAAAAUGUUCCAUGUUAUGCUUUAAUGUCAUUGGACUUCAUGCCUUUCGAAGGCAGAUUCCUCGAGUUUGUUCCUUCUCGGAAACGAGACUGAAGGAGUGCAAAACGCUGACCGAUACCUGUUGCGUGUCACUCAAUGCAUGGACUUCCGCCAUGUACUCCAGCGCAAACAAGACAUUCACGGGCACG